AUCCCCCUCUCUCUCAUUUCCCCAUUCUCUUCCUUUCACAACUUUCUCUUCCAAUCCUUCUCUGAGACGACGUGUACGAAGCUCCCGUUAAAUUCUCGCCGGGAAACUCAAAAACCCAUCUACCCUUUUGGCUCCUCUCUUAUCUCUUCGUGAAAGUAUCGAUCCCGGAAUUCUUUUUGUCCAGAUAGCGUCAUAAUGAAUCCAGAAUACGACUAUCUUUUUAAGCUUUUGCUCAUUGGAGACUCUGGCGUUGGCAAAUCAUGUCUACUCUUGAGGUUUGCUGAUGAUUCAUAUCUGGAGAGUUAUAUUAGUACCAUCGGGGUGGAUUUUAAAAUCCGCACAGUAGAGCAGGAUGGGAAAACCAUUAAACUCCAAAUUUGGGACACUGCUGGGCAAGAACGUUUUAGGACAAUUACAAGCAGCUAUUAUCGUGGCGCUCAUGGUAUCAUUGUGGUUUAUGAUGUCACCGAUCAAGAAAGCUUUAAUAACGUAAAGCAAUGGCUGAAUGAAAUUGACCGAUAUGCAAGUGAGAAUGUAAACAAGCUUUUGGUUGGGAACAAGUGUGAUCUUGAAUCUCAAAGGGUAGUGGCAUAUGAUACAGCCAAGGCUUUUGCAGACGAAAUUGGGAUUCCUUUCAUGGAAACAAGUGCAAAAAGUGCCACCAAUGUUGAACAGGCUUUUAUGGCAAUGGCUGCCGAGAUCAAGAAUAGGAUGGCAAGCCAACCCGCAAUGAACAAUGCCCGACCACCUACCGUACAAAUUCGAGGACAACCUGUAAACCAAAAGUCUGGUUGCUGCUCCACUUGAAGAAAAUAGUUGGAUUAACAGAUGAUGCUAAGCCUAUGCUUGUGUUCUCCAUGGGGUGUAAAAUUACUCGCCGUUCGCAGGAUUGCUUAUUUGAUAUUGUUGUUUCAGAACUAUGCUAAAACAUUCAUUCUUUUUACUGUAUUUGAUGUUAAGUAAACAUUUGUACAAAUUAGGAAAAUAUUGGUUAAUAGCAAUAUUUACUUUCAUUACCU